GGCUCGGCUCGGCACUGCUAGCUGCGCGCAGCCUUGGACGGGGCGCACGGACACGGACGCCUAGAGUGGAGUCGCAGCGGCCGCUUCGGCAGAUGCUGCUUCUCCUGCAGCAGUUUCGGGCUUGUCUUUGGAGAGACGUGGGAACUUCCUUUCACAGAGAGUCUGCGGAGGUGAUGGGCCACUCCCAGGGCGCCCGCGGGGAGGCGGCACGGUGAGCGUCCCCCCGCUCCGGUGCGGAGAUCGGUGCCUUGCCCUGGAGGCUGCGGGUCCGACUUGGCUGCCGGCUGUAGUCGAGUCUUCCAAGCUAAGAUAAUUUUUUGCAGCAGCAGAAAUGGUUGGUCCUAGCUACAAAUGGGAAUUUGGAGUCACUCUGAAAUACGUCCUGUAAUAAUUGUGUUUGACUGGAACCAAAUCUUAUCAAGUCUCCAAGGAUGAAAGUCUGUGCUAAGUCAGUGUUGCUGUCACACUGGCUCUUUCUGGCCUACGUGUUAAUGGUGUGCUGUAAGCUGAUGUCCGCCUCGAGCCAGCACCUCCGGGGACAGGCAGGUCACCACCAGAUCAAGCAAGGGACCUGUGAGGUGGUCGCUGUGCACAGGUGCUGUAACAAGAACCGCAUAGAAGAGCGAUCACAAACGGUCAAGUGUUCUUGCUUCCCGGGACAGGUUGCUGGCACAACUCGGGCUCAGCCUUCUUGUGUUGAAGCUUCCAUCGUGAUUCAGAAAUGGUGGUGUCACAUGAAUCCUUGUUUGGAAGGAGAGGAUUGUAAAGUGCUGCCAGAUUACUCAGGUUGGUCCUGUAGCAGUGGCAAUAAAGUGAAAACGACAAAGGUCCUGCUGGCUUCACCUGUCAUCACUUCAGCCAAAGUGACCCCUUUAGGUUGA